AUGAAACAGGAAGAGGAGGGGGAGGUGGACGCGGGGGAGGAUGAGGAGGAACAACAGCAGCAAACUGCGACCGCCCCGCAGGACAGGCUCUUCGCAGUCGAAUUCUUCGGCAGCUUCACUAAGGUGCUCAGCGCUGGUCUCAACUUCGCCGGUUGCGACGUCUGUGGCUGCUGCGUCAGCUUCCGCUCCAUUACCAAACGCGUCGAGCAGAACGACGUCUACGUGGAAACCAAGACGAAGGACAAUGUGUUCGUGCUGGUGAAGGUCUCGGUUCAGCAGCAGGUCAUCCCAGAGCAAGCGGAGUCAGCCAUCUACAAGCUCGCCAACGUUAGCGCGCAGAUCGAUUCGUACGUCUCGGAUGUGGUGCGCUCGCAGGUGCCGCAGAUGAAUCUAGACGAUGCGUUUGAGAACAAGGACCAUAUCUCCCAGGCCGUCGCGCAGACGCUCACCAGAAGCAUGCACGAGUACGGUUUCCAGAUUAUCAAGGCUCUGGUCACGGAGCUCAAGCCCAGCCAGGACGUGAUGAAUUCCAUGAACGAGAUUAAUAAGCAGAAGCGCCUUCGCGAUGCGGCGCUGAUGGCCGCCGAGGCCGAGAAGAUCCGUGUGGUGAAGAAGGCGGAGGCGGAGUGCGAGUCGGCCCGCCUGUCGGGAGAGGGCAUCGCGAAGCAGCGCGAGGCCAUCGUAGAGGGCCUGAAGAGGUCUGUCACAUCUGGAAGCCAGGAGACCCUCACCUCCGAAAAGAUAUCGGAGCUGCUGCUGAUCACGCAGUACUUCGAGACCCUGAAGGAGAUAGGGGCCAACUCGAAGAGCAACAGCGUCUUCAUCCCGCACAGCCCGGCGGCUGGCGUGCAGGAGAUCUCCGGCCAGAUCCGCAACGGCAUCCUGCAGGGCGGCCCGGGCCAGCAGCGCAUGUGA